AUGAGUAUGACGAUGACGAUGAAUGACGACGACGAUGACGAUGACGAUGACAAAGACAAUGGCGAUUGCGAUGACGAUGACGAUGACAAAGACAAUGACGUUGACGAUGUCGAUGACGCUGACAAUGACGAUGACGAUGACGAUGAAGAUGACUAUGACGAUGACGAUGACGAUGACGAAGACCAAGACAAUGAGGAUGAUGACUACGAUGACGAUGACGAUGACAAAAACGAUGACGAUGUCGAUGACAAAAACAAUGACGAUGACGAUGACGAUGAUGAUGACAAUGGUGAUGACGAUGACGACGACGAUGAUUAUGACAAUGGCGAUGACGAUGACGGUGACGAUGACGAUGAUGAUGAAGAUGACUAUGACGAUGACGAUGACGAUGACGAUGACGAUGACAAAGACAAUGACGAUGACGAUGACGAUGACGAUGACAAAUGCAAUGACAUUAACUAUGACAAUGAAGAUGUAGAUCACGAUGACCAUGACGAUGACGAUGACGAUGACAAUGACGAUGACGGUGAAGAUGACAAUGUCGAUGACGAUGACGAUGACGAUAAAGAUGACUAUGUCGAUGACGAUGACGAUGACGAUGAUGAUGACAAUGGCGAUGACGAUGACGGUGACGAUGACGAUGACGAAUGA